AUGGACUCCCAGUCCAGUGUGGGGCCAACCUCGGAUGCGCAGAUGGAGACGGAGUCUGGCAGCUUCUCCCAGGAUGCUACAAGUGCGCCGCCCCUAGUUAUGGCGGACAAUCCGGCCGCAGAAUCGACCGCCGCACGCCCGCGGCUCUUGACAUUGCAGCGCGUGGAAGAAAUCCCAGUGGUCACGGACGAGACCGCCGAGCGACUUCGCGAAGGGUUCCGUGCGUUUCUGGAGUCGUUUGUGAGUCAUGAAGAUGCACGGCGUGGUGCCAAGACGCCGACAUACGUUGAGCAGCUGUACGCGAUGCGCGAUGUCGGCCGUCUAACGUUGUACGUCGACUUUAACCAUAUUCUGCACUACGACGAAGUGGUCGCGCGAGCGAUCAGCGACCAGUACUACCGUUUUUUUUCAUACUUGCGCCGUGCAUUGAUCGACUUAAUCAGUACGUACAUUCCUGGGUACCUCUACAUGAAUGCGCACGUCGCUGCUACCGCGUCGUCUGGUCUUGUGCCACGCGACUUUGCACUCUCCUUUUACAAUCUCGCCAUCGUAUCUGGCAUUCGGUCGCUGCAUACAGAAAAGGUCGGGAAGCUGGUAUGUAUCACGGGCACCGUUACGCGUACCUCUGAAGUGCGGCCGGAGCUGCUUUUUGGCACAUUCACGUGCCUGGAAUGCAAGACGCCCGUAUACGAUGUCGAGCAACAGUUCCGCUACACAGAACCGAUCAUGUGCCCGAACCCCAUGUGCCAGAACCGCACGCACUGGGAGCUGGACGUGGAAAAGAGCCGAUUUACGGACUGGCAAAAAGUGCGCAUCCAAGAGAAUGCAAACGAGAUCCCGACCGGCAGCAUGCCGCGCAGUAUGGACGUUGUGCUGCGUGCCGAGAUGGUGGACCGUGCCAAACCUGGCGACAAGUGCAACUUUACGGGUGCAUUUAUUGUCGUGCCAGAUGUAUCGCAGAUGGGCGUCCCUGGUGUGAAUGCGCAGAUUCAGCGCCAAGUCCAGUCAGGCCGCCAAAUGGACAGUGCUGUGGCGAACCAAGGUGUCCAUGGCUUAAAGUUGCUUGGUGUGCGUGAUCUUACCUACAAAACUGCGUUCCUUGCGUGCAUGGUACAGUCGUCGGAUGCGCGCUCUGACACGUAUACUGACGCGUUUGACGGCGAAGAGGAUGCGCAGAUGGUGGUGGAAAGUCUCACGGAGGAGGAGCGGCAGGAGUUAGAGGCCAUGGUUGUGAAUACAGAUAUUUACCCGCGCCUCGUGCAAAGCAUCGCGCCGACCAUGUACGGCCACGAGAUUAUCAAAAAAGGGAUUUUGCUCCAGCUCAUGGGUGGCGUGCACAAGCAAACGAGUGACGGAAUUAAUUUGCGUGGUGACAUUAACGUGUGCAUUGUCGGCGAUCCAAGUACCUCCAAGUCGCAGUUCCUCAAGUACGUGUGUGGCUUCAUGCCACGUUCUGUGUAUACCUCGGGCAAAGCGUCCUCCGCCGCAGGUCUCACUGCUGCUGUCGUGCGCGACGAGGAAACCGGCGACUUUACCAUUGAAGCCGGUGCGCUUAUGCUCGCCGACAAUGGGAUCUGUGCCAUCGACGAGUUUGACAAGAUGGAUCUGUCUGAUCAAGUCGCGAUCCACGAAGCCAUGGAGCAGCAGACGAUCUCGAUCGCCAAGGCUGGCAUCCAGGCCACGCUCAACGCACGCACCUCGAUUCUUGCCGCAGCGAAUCCGAUCGGUGGUCGCUAUAACCGCAAGCAGACGCUACGGGCAAACGUUGCAAUGAGCGCGCCCAUCAUGUCCCGUUUUGAUCUCUUCUUUAUUGUGCUGGACGAGUGCAACGAGUCGACCGAUUGGAAUAUCGCACAGCACAUUGUCAAUAUUCACCGCUUCCGCGACGCAGCCAUCGCGCCCGAAUUUUCCACCGAAGCGCUCCAGCGCUACAUUCGUUAUGCACGCACCUUCCGGCCGAAACUUACACCUGAAGCGAGCGAUGUGCUGGUCGAGAAAUAUUUGCAGCUCCGCCAAGACGACUCGGGCGGCACGGUCGGUCGCAAUUCGUACCGGAUCACUGUGCGUCAGUUGGAGAGCAUGGUCCGUCUCUCGGAGGCCAUUGCGCGAGCCAACUGUCGUGCAGAUGUGACGCCCGCGUUCGUGCGCGAAGCCUACUCGCUAUUGCGACAGUCGAUCAUCCAUGUUGAUAAGGACGAUAUUGCCAUGGACGACGACGAAGAGCUUGCCGAGGAUCAGCACCUACGCGAAGAAGCAGCGCGCGAGCCGAACGGGACGCACCGCCGCACGCGCAUUACCUACGACCGAUACCUGCAGCUCGUCAGUCUUUUGGUGCUGCGCGUCUAUGCAGUAGAGCGUGAUACGGGUCGUGGGAUAUCCCGGCAAGCUUUGCGCGAGUGGUUCCUCAAUGAGCACGAGUCGCAAAUCCUGACCGAGGCACAGCUUUACGAGGAAGAUGAUUUGAUUGGGCGUGUGACCCAGAAACUGAUCAAGGAUGGGUACCUUGUAGAGCUUCCUGUGGAGGAUGAGGAGCUUCCCGGCGUGGAAGAACCUCGGCGCCUGCUCAUGGUCCAUCCCCAAGUCGACGUCGACAGUCUGUAG